AAAACAGUACUCCACCACACUCACAAAUCCUGCCUUGGAUACUGUAAUCUAUGAAAAGGAAAAGGAAAAUGAUAUGAUGGAGAGAAGAGGAGACGCAAGUCACGGAAAAUGAUUUCAAGCAUAAUCAGUAAUACUAAUUACCACCACUUUGCGUAAUUAACGCCUUUUUCACUUUAUCCACUUUUUUUGCCUAUCUUCUUUAUAUUAUUUCUUUCUCCAAGCCCACAUUACUGCUCAGUUUCCAAGUCAAAUGGCUACCUCAAACACUCGAGUCUUGUUCUUAUCUUUGUGUCUCAUCCUCAGCCAAGAAGCAUUCUCUCAGUUUGAUGAGCUAUGGCUAGUAGGGGACGAUGAUCCACUCAACGCGUUGCAGACAAGGCGCGAAAGAAGAGGGGAGAGGUGCGAUUACUCGGUGGGGAAAUGGAUGUACGAUGAAACGUAUCCGCUCUAUGACUCAAGCUGUCCAUAUCUGAGCUCUGCACUAAGUUGCCAGAGAAAUGGAAGGCCUGACUCUUAUUACCAGAAAUGGAGAUGGAUCCCCAAGGCUUGUUCACUACCAAGGUUUGACGCAUUGAAAUUUCUGGGGAAAAUGAGAGGAAAAAGAAUAAUGCUUGUUGGAGAUUCAAUAAUGAGAAACCAGUGGGAAUCUCUUGUCUGCUUAGUACAGUCUGUGAUUCCCACUCAUCGUAAGAAGCUCACUUACAAUGGUCCUACAAUUUCUUUCCAUUCUCUGGAUUUUGAGACAUCGAUUGAGUUUUGUUGGGCUCCUCUGCUUGUGGAACUCAAGAGAGGAGCUGACCGUAUAAGGGUGUUACAUUUGGACUCAAUCGAAGACAAUGCUAGAUAUUGGCGUGGUGUCGAUGUUCUUGUAUUCGAUUCCGCUCACUGGUGGACUCACUCUCAGAAAUGGAGUUCGUGGGAUUAUUACAUGGAUGGGAAUAAGGUCUUCAAAGCUAUGGACCCAAUGGUUGCUUAUGAGAGAGGACUAACCACAUGGGCUGAAUGGGUUGAGAUAAAUCUUGAUCCAUCCAAAACAAAAGUCAUUUUCCGCACUGUCUCACCGAGAGAGAGUGGUCAAAUGUGCUACAACCAGAAACAUCCAUUGCCUUCUUUAUCCUCUUCUAGCAAACCACACGUGCCUCAGCAGUCAAGAGUGUUGAACAAAGUGCUUAGCAAAAUGAAAUAUCGAGUGUAUUUGCACGAUAUCACAACGAUGUCGGCGUAUAGGAGAGACGGUCAUCCUUCGGUGUUCAAGAGAGCUAUGCACGAGGAAGAGAAGCACCAUCGUAGUACUGGACCUUCAUCAGAUUGCAGUCAUUGGUGCUUGCCCGGUGUCCCGGAUAUAUGGAAUGAGAUGCUUUCUUCAAUUAUCUUAACCAAUGUUGUAUGAGCUAAUAAGAAUCUGUUUUUACUCAUGAACCAUGGUGUUACUUUUAUGAAUCAGUGGUUUUUAUAUAUUA